AUGAGCUUUAGCUUAGCCUCUUCCUCAUGUCCCACUCUGUCUUUCCAUCGCGCCGUCACUCGCCCACAGCUGCGCAGCGCUGCCCCCAGAGGAGACAUGCUGCACCUCCUGGAGCUGAUCCACGACUCCGUGAAGCUGAUCAAGUUCGCGGACGACACCACCCUCAUUGGACUCAUCUCCAACAACGAUGAGUCCACCUACAGGAGGGAGGUGGACCGGCUGGUGUCCUGGUGCAGUGGUAACAACCUGGAGCUGAACGCCCAGAAGACAGUGGAGAUGAUUGUGGACUUCAGGAAGAGCACUGUCCCCCCGCCCCCACCCUCCGUGAUGGACUCCCCCAUCACCUCUGUGGAGUCCUUCCGUUUCCUGGGCACCACCAUCAUCCAGGACCUCAAGUGGGAGCCGACCAUCAGCUCCCUCAUCAAGAAGGCCCAGCAGAGGAUGUACUUCCUGCGGCAGCUCAGGAAAGCCAAGCUGCCUGCACAGAUGUUGGUGCAGUUCUACACGGCCAUCAUCGAGUCCAUCCUCACCUCCUCCAUCACCGUGUGGUUCGCUGGAGCCACAGUCAGGGACAAACAGAGACUACAGCGCAUUGUGCGCUCUGCAGAGGAAGUGAUCGGCCGCAGCCUUCCAUCGCUGCAGGACCUGCCGUGGUGGGAUGGUUACGUGCUGUCGAAACGUCGCGCUUAG